GUGAGAAUGGUCACCUUAAUAAAGUGCUUCCACACUCAUCUGGAACAGGAGUUGGGGAGCUGAGCAGAGCAGCCGUCUGGACUCUCACUAGUGAAACCACAGCUGCAGCCAUGGCUGGGAAGCCCGUGCUUCACUACUGGAAUGCCAGGGGCAGGAUGGAGUGCAUCAGGUGGCUGCUGGCUGCAGCAGGGGUGGAGUUUGAAGAGAAGUUUAUAGAAGCCCCGGCAGACAUAGAAAAGUUAAUCAAAGAUGGGAGUUUGAUGUUUCAGCAAGUGCCCAUGGUGGAGAUUGACGGGAUGAAGCUGGUACAGACCAGAGCCAUUCUCAACUACAUCGCCACCAAAUACGACCUCUAUGGGAAGGACGCGAAGGAGAGAGCCCUGAUCGACAUGUACACAGAGGGGAUUGUAGAUCUGACUGAAAUGAUAACCCAAUUGGUCAUAUGUCCCCAGGACCAAAGAGAAGCCAAGAUUUCCUUGGUAAAAGACAAGACUAAAAACCGGUACUUGCCUGCCUUUGAAAAAGUCUUGAAGAGCCACGGACAAGACUACCUUGUUGGCAACAGGCUGACCAGGGUGGACAUUCACCUUCUGGAAGUUCUCCUCUAUGUUGAAGAGCUUGACUCCAGCCUUCUGGCCCCUUUCCCCCUGCUGAAGGCCCUGAAGAGCAGAAUCAGCAGCCUGCCCAAUGUGAAGAAGUUCCUGCAGCCUGGCAGCCAGAGAAAACCUCCCGUUGAUGCAAAGCAAAUCGAAGAGGCAAGGAAGAUUUUCAAGUUUUAGUAAAGCUGGAUUGUUAGAAUCCACAGACACCAGUCACUGAUGUUAUUAAAUAAUAAAGAAUCCUGGUUCUUGUGAUAUAAUAAUUAUCAACAAAUGGUAUGUGUAUCUCUCAUCUUCAUCCUGUUAAACUGGGAUUACAGACAUUAUUGAGGAAGAAGAAGGCAAACAGUAAUCCCUACAAAUACAAACAAAGCUUGUAAAAAUGAGGAAAAAGUAAAGAAGAAGAACCCUAAUGAAAGGAAACAAUUGACUAACAACAUUGAGUUUAUAAGUAAAAUUAAUGUGCAAAAUCAAGAAAUUAAAAGAAAAAAUGGGAAAAAUAAAGAAGAAAAAUUUAAGGUUCAAAAAUAAGGAAGAAAAAAGAAAGAAAGAAAAAAAGAAAGAAAAAAAGAAAGAAAGAAAGGAAUUAAAGAAAGAAAGGAAGAAAGGAAGAAGAAAAGAGAGACUGCAAGUCAGGAAAACAGGAAUUGGGUAAAUAGGAAAAGGUUGUGUUUUCAUUUUUUUAAAGUAAGAAAAAAUAGCAGAGAAAACAAAAUUAAAAUUUUAAAUUAGUGAGGAAGAAUCUGGAGAGCUGGCUGUGAGGUGACAGACACAGCUGCUCUUGCCGAGGACCCAGGUUAGGGCACUGCAUCUACAGGACAUCUCACUACCAUCUGUCACUCCAGCUCCAGAGACCCUGAUGUUCUCCUCUGGCCUCUGAGGACACUGCACACCCACGAUACACAUACAUACCUGUAGGCAAAACACCUCAACACACAAAACAAAAAUUUAAGUUAUUUUAAUGGUAAAAGCAAAAGAACGGGAAAACACACAUUCCAGCAAAAUAACAAUAACAGAAAAUUUCCUUGAAAAAAAAAACAGUCUUUUGUCAAGUGGAAUGAUAUAGGCCUUUAAUCCCAGCUCUUAUGAGGCAGAACUACAUGGACCUAUGUGAGUUUGAGGCCAGCCUGGUCUAUAUGAUGAGUUCCAGGACAGCCAGAGCUACAGAAUUGUGAUGCCCUCUCUCAAAAAAUACAGAAGAAUAUUCUGUCCUUGCCCCCACUGAAACCCCCUGACUUUACUUUUUCCAUGCAAUAUCAAAUAUCCAGGCCCAGUCCAGUCCUGAACAUCUUCUAUUCAGGUCUAGCUUGGUGAAUCCUUCUGUUCCUACUCUCGGCAUACCCUCCCCUUCCUCAGGUCUAGCCUGGGCUCCACACCACUGCCCUGGUGUAUUCUCGUGAGCUCCACUUCCACUGCCAUCAACCUCCAGCUCAGGCCAGCAUGCACAUCUGCACACACGUCAGCCCCUCCCCAGCUGUGGGAGGCACAGAGGCCCUUGUGCUCACAGAUAAGCACUAGGGAACCAGGAAUGCCAAAUACACAGGGUUUUCCCUUCAAAGAGAGGGAGGCAUUACCUGUUUCCCACCCAGGAGGCUGGGAACAUAUGUGAUUAACAGCCUGGUGGCCAUUGAACUAUGUAUUGAAGAUCACAACAGAUCCUACACCAGACCUUGUCAUGAGCUUGUCAAUCUAUAGAACCCAUGUUUAGGGAAGAUGUCAUUUGUUCUUUACAAAGAGUCUUGGUGUGGUCUUGUUUUAUGCUUUACUGUGCCUAAGGGAUUAAGUUUUAUCUUUAGAAAUUUUUUCACCAAAUUGUGCUGUGCUUAAGUAUGCCCAAA